AGGACGCUGUGAUAAUCAUCUUUAAUUACUAGUAAAAGGUCAUCAGGUUACGGUGUGUUUUGUGUUUCAUCAUCUUGAUUAAAGGUUAUAAAUACCCACAAGCUAGCAGGUUAGCUACAGAAUUAUUUCACGAGACUUAUACAAGCCUUAGCGUAUCCCAAUCAACAUUAGAAGAAAUCAUCGAGGGCAACAAGAAGCAAGCAACUCAUUGCGUGCAGACAGUCUGUUCAGAAUGGCUGACAAUUCUAAAGAAUCUAAGGAUCUCGUAAUUGAGGUGGACUUGUCUGAGGAUCAUGCUCCAGAACCCAAGGAAGCAACAGUUGUAAUCUCGAAUAAAGAAGAAAAAGAAAAAGAGGUGAAAGAAGAGGAAAAAGAAAAAAAAAAGCGUGGAAAUCCAAUUUUCCUUUUUCGUUUUGCCUCCUGUCUGGACGUGAUCUUCAUGCUGAUCGGCACACUAGCAGCCACUAUACAUGGAGCAUCUCUGCCUCUACUCAUGCUCUUCUUUGGAGACCUCAUCAACAGUUUUAUCUACGAGGCCAUUUCCUCGGGUAUCCAGCAAAAUCUCAAUGCCACCUUCAACGUUAUUUUUGACUGUGACACUGUUAUGUUCAACACCAGUAUCGACUCUAUCAUUAUGGAACAGUUUGAAGGAUCAAGUUGUUUACUUGGAGACGAGUUCACUGCGGAGAUCAAUGUCAUUGUGUUCAUUUUCCUUGGAAUUGCCGGAGCUGUGUGGAUAGCUGCGUACCUUCAGGUUGGACUCUUGCAAGCGUCUGCUGAACGGCAAGUUCAGAAGAUUCGCCUGUUGUACUACAAGUCUGUACUGAGGCAGGAUAUAGCAUGGUUUGAUGAAAACCCCUCAGGAGAGGUGGGAAGCAGAGUAUCUGAUGAUAUUGACAAGAUUCUUGAGGGCAUUGGAGACAAGAUGGCCCAGUUCCUGCAAGGUCUUGCCACCUUUGUCGCUGGUUUUGUGAUUGCCUUCUCUCAAGACUGGAGACUGACUCUCUUCAUUCUUGCCUUCACACCGUUUCUGGUCAUAGCUGCAUCAAUUAUCUCUGUUCUCACGGCUAAGUUCACGACCAGAGAGCAAAAAGAGUAUGCCUCAGCCGGUGCAGUGGCAGAAGAGGUUCUCUCCUCCAUUAGAACAGUUGUGGCCUUUGGUAGUGAGAAGACUGAGAUGAAACGCUACAACUCAAAGCUUGAUGAGGCUAGGAAACUAGGUGCAAAGAAAGGAUUCAGCUUUGGGAGCAUUUUUGGCUUCAUCUUUUUCUUCCUAUUCUUCAUGUACGGCUGUGCGUUCUGGUUCGGAGCUUACCUAAUAGCACGGCAAGGGGCGGAGCCUGGCAAUAUCCUUACUGUCUUCUUUUCUGCCCUCAUUGGAGCAUUUUCUCUUGGUCGUGCUGGGCCAGACAUGGAGGCUCUCCUCACAGCUGCAGGUGCAGCACAGGAGGUGUACAACACCAUUGACAGGGUUCCACCAAUUGAUGCAAGCUCAGAGGAGGGUCUGAAACCCGAGGGUAAAUUUGAGCCUACUGUUCAACUGAGAAAUGUUAACUUCACCUAUCCCUCCAGACCAGAUGUACAGGUGCUGCAUGAUGUGAACCUGUUAGUAGGUGUGGGUCAGACUCUCGCUCUGGUCGGCCCCAGUGGGUGUGGCAAAAGCACAGUUGUGCAACUUAUCGAGAGGUUCUAUGAUGUGCAAGGAAGUGAAACAAACUUCUUCAACACUGACAAUGGACAGAUUUUGGUUGGAGGUGAAGAUGUUCGCAAUUUGAACCUCAAGUGGCUACGCAGUCAGAUAGGUCUAGUCUCUCAGGAGCCAGUUCUCUUUGACACUACCAUUGCUGAGAACAUUCGCUUUGGCAAAGAAUCUGCCACAAUGGAGGAGAUACAAGAGGCUGCCAAGAGUGCCAAUGCUCACGAUUUCAUCUCUGCUUUGCCCAAAGGCUACAACACUCUGGCUGGUGAAGGAGGCACCCAACUCAGUGGAGGACAAAAACAACGGAUCGCCAUCGCUCGAGCUCUCAUUGCCAACCCCAAGAUUCUUCUCCUGGACGAGGCCACCUCUGCCUUAGACUCUCAAAGCGAAUCUAUUGUCCAAGAAGCUCUGGAUAGGGCACGCUCUGGCAGGACUACGAUUGUGAUAGCUCAUCGAUUGUCGACCAUCCAAAACGCUGACAAGAUAGCUGUAAUGGAGAAGGGAUGUGUGGUGGAAGUAGGGACACACAGUGAGCUCAUGAACAACAAGGGACUCUACUUUGACCUCGUGAAUGCACAGAUGGUUGAAACAGAUGAGGUGUUUAUACAGACUAGCCCUGUCAAGAGUUCUGGUCGCAUCCGAAUGACGUCAGAGAGUGGAUCAGUACACGACUUCCAACGACAGGGAAGCCUUCAUCGUCAGGGCAGUGUGAAACGUCAACUCUCCUCCACGACCAAACAAGAGGGGGUCCAGAGUCAAGUUUCGGCGGUGAAGGACAAGGACCAGGAGCAGUGGGACAAAGAUCUGCCAGAGGUCUCUCUCUUUAGAGUGAUCCGUCUAAACGCUCCAGAGUGGUGGAUGAUACUUUUAGGAGUGAUAGCGUCUGCACUCAGUGGAGCAGUUUUUCCUGUCUUUGGAUUGGUGUUUGGUGAAAUUUUGGGAGUAUUCAGUUUGCCUCUUGAUGAGAUUGUACCUGGGGUAAGCCUCUAUGCCGGUUUGUUCUGGGUUCUGGGAUUUGUGGCUGGAUUCGGAUUCUUUGUUAAGACGUUGACUUUCACAGUGGCUGGGCAAAACCUGACGGCUCGAUUGAGGGCUCUCUCAUUCAAGGCCAUUUUGCGACAGGAGAUUGGCUGGUUUGAUGAGGAGAGGAACUCUACAGGAGCACUCACCUCGAGGCUGGCUCACGAUGCUGCUCAAGUACAGGGGGCCACUGGUAGUCGAAUUGGCGUACUCAUUGAGACGAUGACGGGUCUCGUCCUUGGUGUAGUCAUUGCAUUUAUCUAUUCCUGGCUGCUCACUUUGGUUGUCCUGGGCCUGGUGCCCUUCAUCAUAUUUGCCGGAAUCAUACAAACUAAGGCAAUCACCAGCAGAGUCAACAAGAACAAGAAAUAUGUGGAGACCUCGGGCAAGAUUGUGGUGGACUCGACUAGUAACAUUCGCACGGUAGCAUCUCUCACUGCUGAGGACAACUUCUACAGACAGUACCACAAGGAGCUCUCUAUCCCCUAUAAACGCUCAGUCUUCGUAAACCCAUUGAUCUACGGAUUCACAUACGCCUUCUCCCAAGCCACCCUCUAUCUAAUGUACGCUGUUGUUUUCCGAUUUGGAGCAUUUCAGAUUGUUUCCGAUGAUCCAAUUAUUCACGAGGAUUUCAAUGACGUGUUCCGCACUUUCAUUGCUCUCGUGUUUGGUGCUUUCUCCAUUGGUCAAGCGAGUGCAUUUGCUCCCAACUACGUCAAAGCCAAGCUGUCCUCCAAUCGGAUCUUUGCUCUCCUUGACCGUGAGCCAGUCAUCGACAAUUAUGACGAAUCAGGCCAGAAACUAGACAAAGUAUCUGGUGAUCUAUCUAUUGAGGACUUGUUCUUCACUUACCCUGCUCGUCCCGACGUCCAGGUGAUCAAGGGAAUCAAUCUCUCAGUCAAAGCAGGUCAGACUCUCGCUCUGGUCGGCCCCAGUGGGUGUGGUAAGAGUACAGUGGUACAACUUAUCGAGAGGUUCUACAACCCAAGUAAAGGUGGACUCAAACUGGAAGGGAUUGACCUGCGUGAUUUGAACAUCUCCUGGCUCCGCUCUCAGAUUGGGAUAGUGUCUCAGGAGCCGGUGUUGUUUGACGGAACGAUUGCUGAGAAUAUCCGAUACGGGGCCCUGUUCAGAGAGGUGUCUGAUGAGGAGGUGAUUGCUGCGGCCAAAUCUGCCAACAUACACAGUUUCAUUGAGACACUGCCAAUGGGUUACAACACAAAUGCUGGUGGAAAAGGCACCCAGUUGAGUGGUGGACAAAAACAACGUGUGGCCAUUGCUCGAGCUCUCCUCCGAGAUCCGAAAGUCCUCCUUCUGGAUGAGGCCACCUCUGCCCUGGACUCUGAGAGUGAGAGGGUGGUACAAGAAGCUCUCGACAAGGCCAGGGAGGGCAGGACCUGCAUAGUCAUUGCUCACCGUCUCUCAACCAUAUAUAACUCCGACUGCAUUGCUGUGAUCAAGGAUGGUCAGGUGCUGGAGUCGGGGACGCACUCUGAGCUGCUGGCUAAAGAGGGCCUCUACUACAAGCUCAACAAGUACCAGGCCCUGGCAAAGGCAGGCUCUAGUGAAAAUGUUGACUCUCAGUAAACUUUUCUAGUUGAUAUUCCAUGCACUGUAUAUAGUCAAUCGAUUCUCUGUUUCUAAUGUUGUAUAACUCUUAGUGUUUUAAUUGUGAUCAUUCCUGCAAUUAUGAUUUGCUAACUUUUGUAAUUACUAUUGUUAUUAGUGUGAUUAUUAUGAUGUUGA